UGAAGGGUAUGGCCUAGAGUCAUCAGUCAAAUGGUGUCAGGGUCUGGACUUGAACCCAGGUCUUCCCAGGUCUUCCCGGCUCUCCCUCUUCUCCCCCGCCCCGCCAGAAGGGAGAGAGAUUUCUCAUUCUAAACGUCAAUAGAGAAGAUACGAGGUGCCCUCCUCGGCCACCAUAGCUGCAAGUCGGGUCCGGCCUCGCAGCUCCUGGGAGACCGAGGAUGACGUGAGGAGCAAGUCGGAGAGCAGCACCUGAGGCCUGACCGAGACCGCUCCGCUUCCAGCUCCCGAGGGCCUCGCGACUGCCCCAGGCACCCCCUCCCCCCUCCCCUACUCCGUGCCCUGAUUUCCCCUGCCCCUUUUCCCAUCCCCUCUUCUGGUCCCCUUGCUCCCCCUUUCUCCUUGCGCUCCUUUCUUACCCUCUCCGCUGCUCCUCGCCCUGAUACCUCUGCUCCUUUGGAGCAUCUUGUUCUUUCCCACUUCCUCUCACCUUUCCCAGCCCCCUCCCCUGCUCUGUGCUCUGAUUACCCCAGCCCCUUUUCCUACCCCUUCCCUCUUCUCCCAGAUCUCUCUACCUCCUUUCCCAUCUCCCUGCUUCUCUCCCAGAUCCCCUUUCCUCCCGGCCCCCUUUCCCAUUUCCCCCUGCAUCGCUUCCCCUCUGCCCUCUUUCCCAUUCCUUCGCAGCCCCUCGCCUCUCUUAGCACCCCGCACCGGCUCCGGUCUCCUAGAUCUUUCACGGGCUCCCCGGGCCUCCCUCCCCUGACGCCCGAUCCCUGCGGUCCUCGCUCUCCUGGGAGCCCGUCCCUCUUCCGCGCCGCCUCCCCCACCCCCACCCCAGCUCCCAGAGCCAGCUCUCUGCCUCCCCGACCCCCGCUACGCGCUCUGCUCUCUCUGCUCUCCUGUCCCCCCAUCUUCCCACUGUUUCGCGCUCCCUAUCCCAGACCGUCCUCCCCAGAGAGCUCACCCCGCUGGAGGACUCCCUGCCCUCCUUCCCAGAGCCCCGCCCUCCGGACCACUCCGCGUCGCGUGCCACCCUCCUCCCCAGCCCUCAGCAAAGUCCCUCGAGCAUCGCGCCCUCUGGCCGCCCCGGAGGGAGGGGAUGGGGUUAGAAAUGGGUAUGGGGAGGGAGGGGCGCCCGGCCCCGGCCCGCGCAUGCGCUCUGCCAUCCCCGGCGGGCGCCUGUGGGGGACGGUCGCCUGUCAGUGGAGCUCUAGCGGCUCGAGCGCUGACGCCGGUGGCUCCGGAGCGGCCGCGCCACGAGGGGACCGUGGAAGCUUCGCAGCUUCUUCCCAGCCACGGGGCGGAGUGGGGGUCGGGGCCGGGGUCGGAGGAAGCCCCCACUCCGUCCCCGUCCCCCUCCCCAUCUCCGUCCCCGUCUUCGUCCCGGUCCCCGUCCCCUUCCCCACCCCCUGGCGCCCCCCCUUCAUGGGCCGCCAUCAUGGCGGCUCUGUACCAGAGCUCGGACCUCUCGGGCUCUUCGGCGUCCUCCUCCCCAACCAGGCUCCUGGCACUGAAGGACGUACGGGAGGUGAAGGAGGACACCACGUUGGACGAGAAACUCUUCCUGCUGGCCUGCGACAAGGGUGACUAUUACAUGGUUAAAAAGCUCUUGGAGGAAAACAGUGCAGGUGACAUGAACAUAAAUUGCGUAGAUGUUCUUGGGAGGAAUGCCGUUACCAUAACUAUUGAAAAUGAAAACUUGGAUAUUCUACAGCUUCUUUUGGACUACGGUUGUCAGUCCACAGAUGCACUUUUGGUGGCUAUCGACUCUGAAGUAGUGGGAGCUGUUGAUAUACUACUUAAUCAUCGACCAAAACGAUCAUCAAGACCAACUAUAGUAAAACUAAUGGAGCGAAUUCAGAACCCUGAGUAUUCAACAACAAUGGAUGUUGCUCCAGUCAUUUUAGCUGCUCAUCGUAACAACUAUGAAAUUCUUACAAUGCUUUUAAAACAGGAUGUAUCUCUACCCAAACCUCAUGCAGUGGGUUGUGAAUGUACACUGUGCUCUGCAAAAAACAAGAAGGACAGUCUAAGACAUUCCAGGUUUCGACUUGAUAUCUAUCGUUGCCUAGCCAGUCCAGCCCUAAUCAUGUUAACUGAAGAAGACCCAAUUCUAAGAGCAUUUGAGCUUAGUGCAGACUUAAAAGAGCUCAGUCUUGUGGAGGUGGAAUUCAGGAAUGAUUAUGAAGAAUUAGCUCAGCAAUGUAAAAUGUUUGCCAAAGAUUUGCUUGCACAGGCACGGAAUUCACGUGAGCUGGAAGUCAUCCUAAACCAUACAUCUAGUGAUGAACCUUUGGAUAAACGGGGAUUGCUGGAAGAAAGAAUGAAUUUAAGUCGUCUAAAACUUGCUAUUAAAUAUAACCAAAAGGAGUUUGUCUCUCAGUCUAACUGUCAGCAGUUCCUCAAUACAGUUUGGUUUGGACAGAUGGCAGGUUACCGGCGUAAACACACCUGUAAGAAGAUAUUGACAGUUCUGACAGUUGGCAUCUUUUGGCCAGUUUUGUCACUCUGUUAUUUGAUAGCUCCCAAAUCUCAAGUUGGUCGAAUAAUCCACACUCCUUUUAUGAAGUUUAUUAUUCACGGAGCUUCAUAUUUUACAUUCUUGUUGUUGCUUAACUUAUACUCUUUGGUCUACAAUGAGGAUAAGAAAAAUACCAUGGGGCCAGCCCUUGAAAGGAUAGACUAUCUUCUUAUUAUAUGGCUAAUUGGAAUGGUGUGGUCAGAUGUUAAAAGACUCUGGUAUGAUGGAUUGGAAGACUUUUUAGAAGAAUCUCGUAAUCAACUCAGUUUUGUCAUGAAUUCCCUUUAUUUGGCAACCUUUGCCCUCAAAGUUGUUGCUCAUAACAAGUUUCAUGAUUCAGCUGACCGAAAGGAUUGGGACGCGUUUCAUCCUACAUUAGUAGCAGAAGGUCUUUUUGCCUUUGCUAAUGUUCUGAGUUACCUCCGUCUCUUUUUUAUGUAUACAACAAGCUCCAUCUUGGGGCCAUUACAGAUUUCAAUGGGACAAAUGUUGCAAGACUUUGGAAAAUUUCUUGGGAUGUUCCUUCUUGUCUUGUUUUCCUUCACAAUUGGACUGACCCAACUAUAUGACAAAGGCUAUACAGGUUCUCAAGAACCGAAGGACUGUGCAGGAAUCUUCUGUGAACAGCAAAGCAAUGACACAUUCCAUUCGUUCAUUGGCACUUGCUUUGCUUUGUUCUGGUAUAUUUUUUCUUUAGCACAUGUAGCAAUCUUUGUCACAAGAUUUAGCUACGGUGAAGAAUUGCAGUCUUUUGUUGGAGCUGUUAUUGUUGGUACAUACAAUGUUGUGGUUGUUAUCGUUCUUACCAAAUUGUUAGUGGCUAUGCUUCACAAAAGCUUUCAGUUGAUAGCAAACCAUGAGGACAAAGAAUGGAAAUUUGCCCGUGCUAAGUUGUGGCUUAGCUACUUUGAUGACAAAUGUACACUACCUCCACCUUUCAAUAUCAUUCCUUCUCCCAAAACCAUUUGCUAUCUACUAAGUAGUCUUAGUAAGUGGGUUUGCUCUCAUACAUCAAAGGGCAAGGUCAAACGGCAAAACAGUUUAAAGGAAUGGAGAAACCUGAAACAAAAAAGAGAUGAAAACUACCAAAAAGUGAUGUGUUGCUUAGUCCACCGUUAUUUAACAUCCAUGAGACAGAAGAUGCAAAGUACAGAUCAAGCAACUGUAGAAAAUCUCAAUGAACUUCGCCAAGAUCUAUCAAAAUUCCGAAAUGAAAUAAGGGACUUACUUGGCUUUCGGACUUCUAAAUAUGCAAUGUUUUACCCAAGAAAUUAAUUCAUUUCUAGACCAUGAAUAUUUAUAUAACUUGCAACUAAAUUUAUUAAGGUGUGAGUUGGAAUGUAGAAAUAAUGUCAAAAGCCAUUCUUUAAGGACUCAUAGGUUAAUUAUGUUAUAUAAAAAAUGUAAAUAGUUAAAAUAAUCCACUGAACAUGGAUUUUGUUAGGAGCAAUCUAGCAGACAAUUUUCUAACCUUUUGGUUUACCUUUUCACUUUUUUGGAGGGUGGGGAAGUAGAUGUGACUACAUCUGUUAUUCAAAAGCUAUAUCAACUACUUAAAAGUAAAUAUGAAUUGACCUUACUCUAAAAGAUACAUAUGAAAUGUGGAACUAUUGAUUUCACAACUAUAAAUAUUUAGCAUGAUAUGGUUGAGUUUGAUACUCCUUUUUUGGAAGAUAAUUUAAAUUGGGCUAAUGUAGUUUUUUUCUUUUACCUGGGGAAAGCACCUAGAAUUUUUCAAGUUAAAACUAAAAAUAAGGGUUUAGAAUGAUUUUAUUUGUGGCUACAGUAUAAUUUUUGUUUCUGUGAACAUUGAAGAAAAUCUUGUUUUCCAACUAUUUAUUGCAGAGAUUUAUUUUAUAUUUAAAUUAGCUUGAUUUGUUGUGUUACAUACCAAAAUAUUUUAAACAGUUUAACAUAGUUUCAAUAAGUAUGAAUUAGUGCUUAUUUGUAUAUGAUUCUUUCUGCUUACAAUGGAGUGUUAUUUUUUUUUUUGCUGAAGAGUAUAUUUGAUUAUUUUGUGUUAUGUAGGGAACACAAUUAAAAUUUUUGAAAAUCUGUUGUACUCCUGCCAUAGAAUUAAAAGGUAGGAUUUCUGUUAAGUGGAAGCUAAGCAUAAUCUUUUCACCUGAAUGUUAGAUAGUCUUAUGACCAUAGGGUGCAGGUAGCCCUAGGUUUAUAAACAUUAUUGAUCCAGGGAUCAUAAAAUAGAGGUUUUAGGCAUAGUAUGUUUCUUCUUUUUUCCUUUUUUCUUUUUUAAUGGAAUUACUAAACUGUAAGUGCUCCCUCUUUUGGGUGAAUUCUUAUAAAAUAUUUAUUGUAAAAUUAUAUAUUUUGUCUACUACAAAAUUAUGCAUAUCCCAUUUGGGAUUUGACAUCAGGAUUUUCAUCAUUCUAAAAAUAACACAUGGUAAAAAUAUACUUAUUGAGCACCUACUGUGUGCAUGAAUUACUUAUGGGGGUAUAUUUCAAAUGAUAACAGUGUAAGAAAAAAGAUAAUAAAAUUUGGCUUUGGAUUAUACAUUGGCAUAAUGUUUAUCAAUUGUAUUAAAAUGUACUUGAAAAGCAGAAAAGAAAUAAAAUGAAAUGAAAAA